GCCUCAUUAAAACCAUUUCAAUCACCUAAGAUUUUAGCAGGAAGGCGGGAAUGGGAAAGUCUUAUUUCUUUUAAUUUUAUUUUUUGUUUUUUACUCUAAUAACUUUAAUUUUCAAACGAGGAGUUUUGUCCUCAAUAUGACAUUUUUCAAAAAUACGAUUUUUGUCGAGUUGGGUUAGAAAAAUUAUGUGUUGCGAGAGUUUUAAACAGAAAAUGAUCUGUAGUAUCUUAAAAAACGAAGGAAAAACACUAGAAUGGUGGCCUGAAUACUUUGUGUAACUCUAAUUGUUUUAUUUUUUCUGUCCUUGAUUUCUUCACAUUACAGUGAGGACUCCCCUAUCGGCAAAAUGACCCUGGUACAAUGUUGGUAGCGCUUCGGGACAACCGUGUCACUAAGCUUGUCACAUGCUUGAGGCAAGCUUCGGACAAGUACUAAAUGACCGAAGCUGGGAGAUUGAACAGCCAAGAUUAUCCAAAGCUUGGAGGGCCAACAUUAUGGCAUGUCUUCUUUGCCCUUGCCUCCAUGCUAGUUCUCUCACAUUUUGCAACUGCAAUACCAUCACUCCCAUCUGAGGUUGAUCUUGAUGAAACACCAGAAGAGAUAGUUGAUGAUCAGAGACCGCCAGAGUCACUUGCAAACAGUCUCGAUGAAAUGCCAGUAGAGGUGAGCAAAGCAAAUCCGUUCGUAACAGAAGAGUUAGGAAAAUGUGCCAAGUUGAAUGAAUAUUGCGAAGAUGGUCAAAAAUGCUGCCGCCAUCUCCGUUGCUGGGCCUAUUACCGUAUACUCGUCCAAAGUGUUACCGCGCCCGAAACUAACAGAAUAUUAUUUCCUAUUAUCUUUUAUAUUUUCUAUUUCUAUGCCAGUAAGUACAAAAUUUUGGAUACGUAUAACGUUUCAUCUCAUUAAGAAAAAAAUGAUUGUCAGAAGUUGUUGGUAUAAUUUUUUUUUUUUCCCCCUCAUAAUCUUAUUUGUUGUGAUUAACUCGCAUAUGGCCAAUGCGCGAGGUGCCCCAAACUGACAAACUUUAACAAAGAAUAUUAUGUCGAUUGCUUUUUCUUUUCUUGAUAAAUUUUUCUCCGUUGCAUCAAAAAGCGCCUGAACUCGAGGUUUUUUUUAUGCACUGGGGGAAAACUGUGUGAUUAAAAUCACGAAAUUAGUGGUACUCCAUAAGAACUCUCAUUUAAUGGUUACCUUAACCAAUGAUCGUGGCAUUGGUGCCAUUAAGGAUAAUUUCAUCACCACGUUGGCCCACCUGCACUAUUACUAUUAGUUAUGCUUAAUAAUAGUUCAUGUUGUUCAUGUUGUACUGAUUGGGAAAUUUUCAUUACAAUUUUUCUCUGUUUAAUAUUAUAGUCUUUUACAUUUUGAAUCGCUUUAAUUUGCAUCUAUUAAAAUAGGUGCAUGAGGAGACGAGUGCAUAGAUGCAUGCCUUAACUGCUUCAUUGAUAAAACUACCAGGUGUCAUGAAAACAACCAUCGUAAUUUUAAUUGUUUUAUUUUGACACUUAAUUGAUGUUCGAUUGAUGAUACUGUUCAUUAAAUAUUUUUAUAACUUUGAUGACGAGAUCUAAAGACAUUAAAUGCAUAAUUAUUUCAAUAAAGUAUUUCCUUUCAGUA